AUGCCUCACACGCCUCACUCCACACGCCUCACUCCACACGCCUCACUCCACACGCCUCACUCCACACGCCUCACUCCACACGCCUCCCUCCACACGCUUCACUCCACACGCUUCACUCCACAUGCCUCACACGCCUCACUCCACACGCCUCACUCCACACGCCUCACUCCACACGCCUCACUCCACACGCUUCACUCCACACGCCUCACUCCACACGCCUCCCUUCACACGCCUCACUUCACACGCCUCACUCCACACGCCUCACUCCACACGCCUCACUCCACACGCUUCACUCCACACGCCUCACACGCCUCACUUCACAUGCCUCACUCCACACGCCUCACUCCACAUGCCUCACUCCACACGCCUCACUCCACACGCCUCCCUCAGCACGCUUCACUCCACACGCCUCACUCCACACGCCUCACUCCACACGCCUCACUCCACACGCCUCCCUCCACACGCUUCACUCCACACGCCUCACUCCGCCGCAUUCACAUGUUGGAUGUCUGUGAAUAA